AUGACAAGGUCCAGCCUUACUGGAAUUUCGUUUGUGACCGACAGAGCGUGCAACGUUGCUCGUCCGGCGGCUAUGGGUUGUGUUGCACAUACGAAUUGUAGAUUGUGUCGAGCCACCAAGAACGAAGGCAACCAGUUCCUUAUCAACUGCGCCAUGCUACAAAAAGCAAAUGAAAGGCCUGUUCGCCGAUUAUCCACUGAUGACAACACUGAGGGCCCGACGCCCAAGAAUUUCACUGCCAUCGCACUGGGCUGUGUUGGAGGCAUGGCACUCGUUGUGGCCAUUAUUGGCCUUGCACACUCCAAGUUCUGUCGCCGGGACAACACUCCGACUAAUUGUGCAGUUGACGAGGAUGGUUUAGCUAUCGACAACGUCGCCGACUUGAAGGAAAAGGACAGUAAGAUAAUAUCUUAG